UUUUUAAUAUCUUUGCCAUAGUUCCCCUAGUCAAAUUCUAAAUAAAAUUUCCUUUGACCUCCAGCUAACUUUGGGAUGCUUCAAAGGUCCUCUGAAAUAUCUCAGAGAAGGAAUAUUAAACUAAUUAGGCUUAUUUGGUAUGUUUAAUUACUUGAGAAUCAUUGUCAAGUGAUUAGAGAUAAACCUCUUUGGUUAUAUUGUAUGGGUAAAUUUCAUUAAUAUAGAUAUUUCAAAAUUUACAUGGAAUUCCUAAAAGUCUGACAUGUCUUGGUAUAAUGCUAUCAGUCAUAAUUCUAGUUACUAUCUUAAAAUGUUGUAUGUCAGAAAUAUCCAAAUUGUUCGUCAGUUCCAUUGUAAUUAGAUCUUUAACCACGUCAUUACAAGUCUUUUGUCAUUUUUUAGACAAUCAUUGUUUUACCUCUGAUGCUUUUAGAAAAUGAGGAUUCAUAAAAUGGACUUUCUGGCAAAUAGAAGUUUCUGAUGACUUUUGGAUUAUACAGCUGAACUAAUGUAGUAUGAAAUUAACAAAACUCUAAUAGAAAACCUGAUGACUUCAUCCAGAUAAAUAGAAGUUAAUUACAUGGGACUGAAUGAGCCUAUAAAUAUGAUUUAUAAUUUUAUGUUUUUUCUGAAACUUAUGGUGGCUUUUAAUCAUCCGUUUUCCAGAGACUUUUAUAUACUAACUGACCUACAUGUUGAUAAAUUAUACCUUUGUAAACCAAAUCUUUACCUGAUCCCCAGAAUUUGGCUUCUCCAGCUGGCUCCCCUGUGGACUUGAUAGCUUUUUGUGACCAGAUUACAACUAGUUAUACUGAUCAUUGUUUUAAUAUGUUCACUCUUUUUGUUUUCAAAUUAUUUAUGCCUCAUGCCUCUCUCUGCUAUACUAUGACUUUAUUAACAUUACUAGCUAUAGUACUUAUAUCCUUUCUCUUGCAUUACCCCAUGUGUAACCUAGAACUACAACAAAAUUAUGAUGACUACAUGUCUUGAGGCACUUGAUCAUAUAUGUAACUCUACAUAGAAUAAUUAUAGUACAAGUAAGUCUACAUAUGGGAAGAAGCAACAAGGGAAAACAUUUCCUGGAUCACAGUAGACCAGUAAGACAGGCAGUUCAGAGAAUUUUAGAGUAUUAACAGGGUCUGAUCCAAAAAUUAGCACAUUGAAUGGCCUAUCAACAGAAUCUUUGCCUGAUCUAGGAACGAGCCUUCCUAGUGCCAUGGGACAAAAUUGGUUAUGAAUGCCUCUUAAAUGUUGAUUAAAUUUAUGACCAAGAGGAGGUGCUGUGGACAAAGAAUAUCACUUGCCUUAUCAGUAAACACAGAACGUUUAGACCAUCAGCCCCUGCAGAUGGUCCUCCUUCCAUGGUACACCCUGAGGGGAACUCAGAAUGGAGAUAAGCAGGCUAUUGGCUCUAGAUAGUUAAGACGAACAUUAAAGGAAUAAUUUCAUAAGUCCAAACUCUUGCAUAUUCACAUACAUAGAAAAGCACUAAACUUGUUAACUUGAGAUGUCUGGUUUUUCCUUAACCAGCAGUAAUCUUUUGAUGUUCGACUCCCUGGUUAUCUUUUGCAAAAGCUCGUGUAUAUCCUGGUUCUCCCCUUACCUCUUUGGAUCAGUCCUUCAGAGCUAUCUGAGAGACUGUAUCUUGGGCUUAAGUCCUCAGUAAUACCCCAAGUAAAACCUAAUUCUUAACUUUGAGGUUGUGAGGUUUUGUUUUUUCUAGUCAACAGGAUGUCCCAGGCUGUGCCCUGUCCCCCAGGGAUUUCCCUUAGGCCUAAAAUAUUUUUCAUAUGUGAAAUGCUUUAAAGUUUGUAAAGUGUUUCCCCCAUAUUUUUUCAUUUUAAAAAACAGACUUUAUUUCUUAGAAGCAGUUUUAGAUUCACAGCAAAUUUGAGUAAAUAUUCUCUCAUUUUUUAACUUUGGUUCUCACAUCCACCCUACAAAUAGGUAGGACAGUUGUUAUUAUCUCCACAUUUACAUUUAAAUUACUUUUAGAAUCACACAGUAGCAAAUAGAGACUGGUGCUAACUGACGUUUUCUGAUCUUUUGAGCCCCAGGCCUUUCUCUUGGUUCUCACAGAGUGCCUUCUGAAUCUUUCCAAAUCUUUCCUUCCCCAAGCAUGGGAACUGCGGACCUCCUGUCCUUCUCAGGGCUUAGAAAUAAGUUUGGAACCUUCCUCUAGCUUCCUCUUUGAAUACAGGGGCCCAUGGAGAGCCUAUCUGUGUCCUUAGUGAAAGGCCCACUGUCUCAGGCUCUGGCAGAGGCAGUGGGACCCAGAACUUGUACAAUGCCCUGAUAAGCUUCUUAGAGGUGGGUAUUAGCAGGGAUUGGAUAUCUUUCCCCUGAUAUGCCCUUCACACCUGACCCUGCCUUUAAUUAGGAUUCCAUAGGGGAGCUGAGGGUGGGAGAAUGGGGUGUUCCUUGCUAUCCAGCUUCAGACCUACUCCCUGAGACCCUGGAUUCUGAUGACUUUUCAGAACUGAGAGGACACCCAGAUGUCCAGAUUUUAAGGUUUUUGAUUAUCCCCAGCUGGGGUUCAUGGAGAAAUCUCUGAUUACUAAUUUGAAUCCCAGAGAAGGACCCAUCUUUCAGUGGACAAAAUGAGAGGCUUUGUGUAACCAGGCAUAACAGCCCAUCAUGAGGAAAUUGAUCAGGAUUGGGGUGCAGGAGAGGCGGUUACUCUGGCCAAAGCGGCUUCAUUGGAGUCGCCUCCUCUUCCUAUUGGGAAUAUUGAUCAUCGGCUCCACCUACCAGCACCUAAGGAGCCCCCGAGGCCUCCCCUCACUGUGGGCAGCAGUCUCUUCACAGCACCCUACUGUAAAACUAGCCAACCGAGACCUCCCCAACAAUGAGAUGAUGAUGGAGAGCAGUGACACUCCAAAAUCUAGCUCUGAAAUGGAGAGUGAGACACUGUCACCCCAAGUCACAGUGGGCAGAGAUGAAACAACACCUGGCAUAACGGAGAACACCCCUGGUACACCCAGAAGAAUAGCCAGAAUCAUUCCAACAAUACCCAAGAGUGACUAUAGCCAGACAGCAGCAGGCAUGGAAAAAGUGAAGGAACACACCCCAGUCACACCCAGUGGAGUACUGAAUCACUACACUCCAACUUUGAGCAGACCAGCAGUAAAGAAUUACACCCCAACAAUACCCAGAGCAGAAGUGAAGAGCUACCGCCCAAGUCUAGCCAGGGGAAAGGUGAAGAAAUACACCCCAACACCACUUGGUAGAAUGGUAAACAGUUAUGUCCCAUUCACAGUCAUGACAAGGACAGGGAGCCAUGAGAUCACCCCCAGAACAACAGUGAAAGAGAGUGAAAUGAUGGCAACCAACAAAAUAUUGGAAACCAACCCCUCCAAGAGACUAGUGGAGGAAACCACUCCACCUCCUUUCAAGGGAAUGACUGCUAACACCCCAACUUUACUGACAAAUAACUUUGAAGCAGACAUCAUGACUUCUCCAAGGAAUGUGGUGGAAAAGAACACCCUAACUACCCCCAGAAGAGUGGACAAUGACAGCUCAACCAACCGCUGGGGGUUAGUGGAAAAAAACAAGAUGACAACACCCCAAGAAACGGUCCUGGAGCAUACCACAGCCAUCUCUGAAGGGCAAAUGACAAUAACCACCACAACAGGCAGCAGCCCAGCAGAAACAAAAGGCUCUACUGCUGCUUGGAAAGCUAGGCAUCCCUUAUAUAGAACCAGUACACCCAUCUUCAGAAUAUCCUCAGCCACUUUCUGGGGGCUGGCGAAAAACCCGUCCACAGCUGCCAGCACCCCAGUAACUCCCAGGGUCAGGGUAAAUCCGACCACUCAGGUCCGUCACUGUGUGGUUGUAGAGCCAGUUGCAGCCGUGCCCACUGCCUCCUCCCCGAGUCUGACAACAGCCAUGAUCCCAGAGGCACCCAGUCUCAGUCCCUCACUGCUGCCUACCAGCCAGCCAGACCUCCACCCCAAGGCAGAAUAUCCCCAAGACCUGUUCAGUGUAGAGGAGCGAAGGCAGGGCUGGGUGGUCCUGCACAUUUUUGGCAUGAUGUAUGUGUUUGUAGCCCUGGCCAUCGUGUGUGACGAGUACUUUGUCCCAGCCCUAGGUGUCAUCACAGACAAGCUGCAGAUCUCUGAGGAUGUGGCAGGGGCCACAUUCAUGGCUGCUGGAGGCUCUGCCCCCGAGCUCUUCACCUCCCUCAUCGGCGUCUUCAUCUCCCACAGUAAUGUGGGCAUUGGCACCAUAGUGGGCUCUGCAGUGUUCAACAUCCUGUUUGUCAUUGGCACUUGUGCCCUUUUCUCCCGGGAGAUCCUCAACCUCACUUGGUGGCCCUUAUUCCGUGACAUCUCUUUCUACAUCCUUGACCUAAUGAUGCUGAUCCUCUUCUUCCUGGAUAGCCUCAUUGCCUGGUGGGAGAGCCUGCUGCUGCUGCUGGCCUAUGCUAUCUAUGUGUUCACCAUGAAGUGGAACAAACAGCUUGAGCUCUGGGUGAAGGAGCAACUCAACAAGAGGCCAGUGGCCAAGGUCAUGGCCCUAGGGGACCUCAGCAAGCUGGGCGAUGGGGCAGUUGUGGUGGAUGAGCAGCAGAAUAACAAGAAGCUAAAGCUUCCAUCUGUGCUGACCCGAGGGAGCAGCUCGGCCUCUCUGCACAACAGCACCAUCCGAAGCACCAUCUACCAGCUUAUGCUCCACAGCCUGGACCCUCUGGGGGAAGCCCAGCUCUCCAAGGACAAGGAGGUGGAGAGCUUGAAUCAGGAGGCCAAAGCCAAGUUUCAGGCCAAAGCAGAGCGCAGACCAGAAGAGGAGGAGCCAGCCAAGCUCCCUGCGGUCCGGGUCACACCAGCCCCUGCUCCAGACGUCAAGGGAGAUCAGGAGGAGGAUCCUGGCAGUCAGGGAGAUGUGGCUGGAGCUGAGAGCACAGGUGAAAGGACAGGUGAUGAGGGUGACACUCCUGCCAAAGGUGAAAAUGGAGAGCCAAAUGGAGGUGAAGCUCAACUAAAAGGUGAAAGUGAAGAAAAAGAAGAGAAUGAAAGUGAAGGUGACAUCCAGGUAGAAAGGAAAGAUGAUGAAAGUGGAGGUGAAGUCCAAGCAGAAGAAGACCGUGAAAUAAAAGAUGAAGAAGGUGAAACUGGAGAGCAGGAAUCGAAUGCUGAAAAUCAAGGUGAAGCCAAAGAUGAUGAGAAAGGUAUGGAUGGUGAAGGGGGAGGUGAUGGAGAUGACAGUGAAGAUGAGGAAGAGGAAGAAGAGGAGGAGGAGGAAGAGGAGGAGGAAGGGGAGGAGGAGGAAGAGGAGGAAAAUGAGGAGCCUUUGUCCCUGGAAUGGCCUGAGACCAGGCGGAAGCAGGCCAUUUACCUCUUUCUCCUGCCCAUCGUGUUCCCGCUGUGGCUGACGGUACCUGAUGUCCGGAGGCUGGAGGCUAGGAAGUUUUUUGUUAUCACCUUCCUGGGAUCCAUCGUGUGGAUAGCCAUGUUCUCAUACCUCAUGGUGUGGUGGGCUCACCAGGUUGGUGAAACAAUAGGGAUUUCUGAAGAGAUUAUGGGUUUGACAAUCCUAGCAGCAGGCACGUCAAUUCCUGACCUCAUCACCAGUGUGAUUGUCGCUCGGAAAGGCCUGGGAGACAUGGCCGUGUCAAGCUCUGUGGGCAGUAACAUAUUUGAUAUCACUGUGGGGCUGCCCCUUCCCUGGAUGCUCUUCUCUCUCAUCAAUGGAUUACAGCCUGUUCCUGUCAGUAGCAACGGCUUGUUCUGUGCAAUUGUCUUGCUUUUUCUCAUGCUGCUGUUUGUGAUCUCUUCCAUUGCAUUAUGCAAAUGGAGAAUGAACAAGAUCCUGGGCUUCACCAUGUUCCUCCUGUACUUUAUAUUCCUGAUAAUCAGUGUGCUGUUAGAAGAUCGAAUCAUAUCCUGUCCUGUAUCUGUCUGAGUCAGAGUCAGAGUUGCUGAAAAUGGACAUGGAUCAGAAAACCAUGCCAGAAGUUUUUGUACCUCUUGUUAAAUUAAAGAAAGAAUGAACAUGAUCCAGGAGAGUGAGCUGAGUGGCCCAGAGCGACGUGGAUGUGCUCUGGGACUGAAGUUUACAAGCCAUCCCGUGGAGGCCAGUACAAGGACCCGAGACAGAGGAUUUUCUAAAUGAGACAGUUGGGGGUGAGGGAUGGGGCAGGUACUAGAGCAGUAAGACAAGCACUCAUGUUCAUAGUUCCCUGAUUAUUUCUAAAGGGCUGCUGAGCAAAAAAUGCAGAUGUGGUCUACAUCUCACCCUCCUGGCCCCUGCCCCCAGCACAUGCUGCAAUUUGCUGUCUCCUCUUUUUCUGUUCAGAACAUGUGGUUUGAUCAGGUUUGUAUUCACUAUAGGUUCACUUAUUGGUGAGUUUAAAGGAGCAAAGGCUACAUGAAGAAAAAGUGUAGCAGGAAUCCAUCGUCAGUAUAAUGGUGGUUCAGUAAAAUGUGUACCAGUAGUUUAUAGCUUAAGAGGAGGGCUACAUGUGCGCUCACUGUUGCAUUUCUGAAAAGUAAAAUAAAAUAAGCAGCCCCAGAAAUUAAAAUUUAUAAUCAUCCCUUGAAUUGGAAGAUGUGGGUAAUAGGGAAUGAAAACUACUCUGAGGGCUAUUUAAAAAUAUGUAUUAUUAGGAAAUCCAAGUUAGUGGUGUUUCUAUCAGUUGGUCACCUUGAGGGAUUAGACAUUCUAACAAAGCUGUCCUGGCUCUGUGCCCUUGUCCCUCAUAUCCUCACCCAACAGUGAGAGCUGCUACCAGUGAGGGAAAAGGAGUUUAAAAAAGAGAGUCUAAAGUCACUAGAGCCCAAUCUGGUUUAUAAAGUAAGAGAUCCAGUGGGGCUAUGCUAUUUUCGUAUGUCAUCUCAGAUGGGAUUAUAAAGCAAGAAGAUUGAUUUCCUGUGUGGCUUACAAGCGGAUAUUAGGCAAUUAAUUACAAAGGAGAAAUUCCAAAAAUGCUCAACACAAUGACAAGGUGGUGAAGAAGAAUAUCACUACUUACAGGGUAGCUGGUGUGUAAAGGAUACCAGUGUUUUUAAAAAUUGGUAUGGUUCAACAUUUCGUGUGGAAGUUGAAGUGCUUAUAUAUGAAAUACUACUGCAUGCUGCUUUUACUGGCAUCAAGUUAAGAGGCACAUUAAAAAUGAAACAGUCCUAUAUCACUGGUUAUGGAGCAAAAGGAACUCAGGUGAAUGUGGUUUAUGACGGCAAAUGUGGCUUUAAUUAUGAACAUGAGAGAGGAUGCACUGAAGACCAGAAGGUGGCAAGACAGGUGGAAAAAACCGAAUAUUUUGAUGUUGGAAGGGCUGUAUGUCAGUCCAUAAUCCAUCUUUUAAAGUGGGCUGGUUAAUUCAAUUCAUGGCCUCACCACUCCAGGAGUCAUUAUUUGGAAAUCACUUUUACUAAAUUUCAAUAAAUCGUGAGUCCCAAUGGUAUUUUUUUUACAAAAAUGGACAUGCAUUCAUCCCUAUCUUUAGGUCAUUUGGUCAGAAUGCUCGGGAGAAGACCGAUAAAGAGUAUGGGAUCAUGUUCUAAUUACAUAUUCUUAAAUUAGUUAUCCUCAUUCCUGAUGCUGCCUCACUGCCUGGUUACCACAUGCUGUGGCCUAAGGACAGAGGAGAGAGCAGUGCCUGUGGAAGGGAGAUCCCAAUACCAACACUCUGGGCGCCAGCCUGGAAUCUGCCACCUUGAGGAUGUCAUCUCCUCACCAAUUGCUUGGAAGCUCUUCUACAGAACAACUGCGUGAGGAAUGAUGGACGGCGAAGCGUUCUAUAAUGAUAGAGUGCUGGACCGCCACUUAAUGAUUAAAAUCAACUCUAAUGAUCGAACAUCCUUUUUCUCAUCAGUUUGCUGAAUUUCUGGCAUUUCUCUUUGCCUAGAAAAGCAGUUCCAACUUCACAAUGUGACAGAAAAGGGGCAAAUACAUACGAUGUUUAAAGCUGGAGUUGAUGGAUAAGCAGCUAGUGGGGAGAAAGAGAUUUCAAGGAGAUGGAAAACUUAUGUAACUUCUAAAAGAUCAACUUGUUAUGCUUGGAAAUUAAAAUGUCAUACAUUAUAAAUUAUAAUUUAUUAAAAUUGUGCUGUUUUAAAGGUAAAGUACCAUCUUAACAUGUCAAGAUAAUGGUUAGAUGAUCCGCUUAUUUGAUGAUCAAAAUGAUUUGUGUGGUUAGUUACAUGGGACAAAUUUUUGGUCAUUCAUUCAGCCUAAAAAGUCUGGCUGUCUUACGUGAGUAUCUAAAUUGGAAGAAAGCGGCUGCAAGGAUAACUUCUCUUUGAUCCUUCUUGAGGCUGCAUUUCCUUGAUGGCCCUGGUAAGAAAUUUGGUUUGGGCCAAAUUAUAAAAAUGUAAAACUCUGCCUAACUUAAUGGGUUAAGAUUCUAUAUAGUACCAGAAUAAAAGGAUAUAUUCCAAAAAUUUAAAAACUAGUGUAUGUUUAGGAGUUCCCAUUGUGGCUCAGUGGUAAUGAACCCGACCAGUAUCCAUGAGGAUGUGGGUUUGAUCCCUGGCCUCACUUAGUGGGUUAAGGAUCUGGCGUUGCCAUGAGCUGUGGUGUAGGUUGCAGAUGCGGCUUGGAUCCCAUGUUGCUGGGCUGUGGCAUAGGCCAGCAGCUGCAGUUCCCAUUUGACCCCUAGCCUAGGAAUUUCCAUAUGCCGCACCUGUGGCCCUAAAAGGCAAAAACAAACAACAACAAAAAACACUAGUGUAUGUUUAAAUGAUUACCAUACAUUUUGACCAUUAUACUACAGUCUCAUCAACAGAUCUGAAAAUGUUUUCAUCAAGUUAUAGGCUUGGCCUUUUAUGAUACUAUAAGUAUCCUAAUUAUCAUGUAAAGAUUGAGUACCAAAAAGGGCCAAGAAUUUGAAUUUAAUAUUUAAGACACAGCCUGGCAGAUAAAUCUGAAAAACUGGUUGGCUUUAUGUGUCACAGAAUACCUUUGGUUCUGGCCCCUCUGGGUGGGAGGGUCCCCUUGCAGGUGUAGCUUGCCAUGUAUUUUUGGACUGGUUGCUACAAAAGGUACAAAGAGAGGCUUGAUGAUCAGGGCUGUCUAUCCUGGGGUGCAGGCUCCGGGGAAAGUGUCACUAAGGCCAGGCAGGAAAUCCUGGCCUAAGGCUGUCCACACAACCAAAGCCCACUUCUGGUCCUCAGGCCCUUCACUGUGAUGAGCUGGCAAAUCCGGAGAAUUUACAGAAAAUUCCAUCAGUUGCUUCAAUGGUUUUAUCACAGUACUAUGUUUAAAAAGAAAAUCUUUAAAUACAAAAGGAGGGAGCCAUGCAAAUAAACAGCAACUGUGGAAAGACUGCAGUAACUUUAUCAGAAGAGUCUGUUACCAUCUCACGCAUGCACAGAGACUUUUUGAAUCAGAGUCCGAAAUUCCUAUAUUGUGUAAUACUAAUUUUGUGAACAAAAAUAAUUAAGCCAGCAAAUGAACUUACUCUGGAGUCAGAGGAAGAAGACAGCAUGAAGGGAUAAUAAGAUACAAGGUACUGAGGAUAUUAAGAUAAGCUGGUACGCAGCUACCAUAUAAUUCAGUUCUGAAAUAAAACCUAGUCUUACACCCAAACAGGAAGGGCAGCGCAUGCUAAGGCUAACACAAAGGCUAGCCCAAGGGCCCUCUCAAGGAGGCAGCCUACUCUUUUCCUUCCUGCUCUGAGUUAAAGUGCCUAAUAGCAGCUUUCAAGUUCUAGCGGGAGAAAUAAAAAUAAAGCGAGGCUACUGCACAUUACCAUACAAAUAGGUAUUUUCUUACCAUAUGCUUACAAACUAUGUAGAAGUACAACAUCUAUACACAGCAGACUAACACUUGUGAGUCGCACUAAAGUAUCGUAGUAAUUACUAGCAUAAAAUAAAUACUUACCACCUAAAAUGCUGAACCAACAUUUUCAGGGGCUGUUUCUUUACAUGCAAAAAUUGAAAGACAUUUUAGAAAACCGUAAAAUAAGCUGGUAACUUUAGGGUUUUAAGGCAAAAAACCUCUCCCAAAAUCAGAAAAAUAAAGACAAAAAUCAGAAAUAUGAACAGGCUGCAUAACUCCUUCACAGGAGGAUAAAAAUUAAAUAUUGAAAUAUAAAAUACAAAUGUAUGACAUUCAAAACACAAUGGGAGGAAGGAGUAAACAAGUUCUAUUAGGACAUGGCAUGGUUUAUUUUCAACUAGUAAACAUAAAUAAAACUAAGAGUAAGAAAAUAAAAGAUAAUGUAGCAAAAGGGUAUUUCUGUCCAACAUGAUUGGCCAUGAUUCUCUAAAAUGAAUGGUCAGCAGAGAUAAAACUGAAGAAAAGUUUGUAUGGAGUUAUUUUAAAGGAUGAUCUACAUUUUACUUUUCUUUUGAUCAGGGUUUGCCACUUCCUAUCCGUGUUCUAGGUUUUAUUUUUAAAGAGUGAAUCUGUGCAAAUAAUAUUCUCUGUGGAUUAAAAAUAGAGGAAAUAAAACUCAAACCAAAAGAAGAAACAAAAAUUGGUGUCAGAGAGAGGAGAUAAAAAUUAUAUUCGCUUUUCCAGAUAAGUCUGAACCAUAAAGAAUGGACUUUACCUUCCCUUUUUUGGGGUCAGAUACUUGAAGUCAAUGAACUAGCAUUAUCGUGAAAGCUGUUUUCCUAAGGGGAAAAAAAACCAAACAGUAACAAAAAGCCAGAAGAGACCCCCCAGAAUUCACUUUGGAGGGAUGUUUAUCCCUAAUGCAAAAUCAAACAUUUCUUUCAUUUGACAGCUUUCAAAUGAUUAUGAUUUAGAGAAUGUAAAGCUGAAUUAGAAUGUGAAGCUUGCAUCUCAACAGUCAAGAAAGGAUAAGACAGGAGUGGUAUUUACAGAUUCACGGGCAUAGCACCAGAUUUUUCAAGUUGAGUUCAGCCCGCAACUAACUGAAGUGAAAUUUUACAUUUAAAAAUUUUCCCCAGUAUUUCCCAGAGGUGAAAGCUGUGAAAUGUUUCAGCUGUUCACUGACAGUAUGAACUCAACAGUGCUUCUUCUCCAGUGGAAUUGCUUCUAAGUUUCAGGACUUUAAGAUAUAUCUUCAGUGCAAGCGUCCUGAACUCUACAGGCUUUUACACACCUAAUUUAGGACCAUUCUUUUUUUUUUUCCUUUCUUUCUUUGAAGUUGGCUAGAGAAUUCCUUCAUGACAAUGUGUGCAAACGCACAUCACACAAACACACUGAAAAUCUUAAUAAUUCUAACAGCCAAAGGAAAUUUUUUUUUAAUCAGAAAUUACCCAAAGAAAGUGAUAUUAAAAAUAAUGGGACUACAAAUAUUUUUUAAGACUCUAUUUAAUACCCAUAGUACUUAAACAUUCACUUUAAUUGUCUGAGUUCUGGAUAUUUCUGGAUGUUAGAUUCCAUAAAGCAGAUUCUGAAGGCUUGUUGAAAAAGCCAAGUUCCUCAAUAUGGGAAAUUCUACCUGGCUGUACUUUUAAGAGUUAAUAUUCUUCUACUUUUGAAAAAAUAUUUUGAAUAUUUAUAUAUAAUAUAUAUAUAAUAUUAACAGAAUACUCCAGUAGGUCAUAUUCCAGAUAAAUAGAGUACAAUUUGAAUCAUACCCAAUAUUUUAGAUAUUAAAAUAAAAGUAAAAUUUGGGAUAAACUCUGACAUAUUUCCCAACAUGUUCACAUAGAAUAUUAAAAUUUAAAUUGAUAUUUGGCUUUGUAAGUUAAUUUCCCUGUGUACUGUUUGUAUCUACUAGCAAUAGAGAAUGGUGUAUUGAGCCUGAUUUUGGAGAAGCAGACUCGGAACCCCUGUGGCUCUCCUUCCACAAGGCUCGAUGAGUCAGUCUGGGCAGUGCAUACCCCUGCCAUGACUGACACACUGCAGUCAGGCUUAGGAGUACCAACUUGUGAUCCAAGGACAACAGUGACAAGAGCACUGACAUUUCUGAAU